AUGCUCACCUCUAGCCUCAUCCUCGGCCUCCUGCCGCUCGCCACGGCCUUCGCGCCCCCGGCCGUCGACGGCAUGAACGUCAUCUGGUCCGAGACCUUCAAGGGCGACGCCGGCUCGCCCCCGAGAGCGGACACCUGGGGCAUCACCCUCGCCAUCGACACCAACAACGAGGUCCAGACUUACACCGACUCCUCCGUCAACCUCCAGAUCUCGGGCGGCGAGACCAUCCAGUUCAUCCCCCGCAAGUCCCCCAACGGCCACUGGACCUCGGGCCGCAUCGAGUCCAAGGCCGCCUGGAUGCCCCAGCCCGGCAAGCUCCUCCGCGUCCAGUCCAUGUUCCGCAUGGGCGCCAACGCCAACAAGCAGGGCAUCUGGCCCGCCUUCUGGAUGCUCGGCGACGCCGUCCGCCACGGCACCCAGUGGCCCCUCUGCGGCGAGCUCGACAUCUUCGAGCAGGUCAACGGCCAGCUCACCGCCACCGGCACCGUCCACUGCCAGCAGGAGGUCGGCGGCAUCUGCAACGAGCCCAGCGGCCGCGGCACCUCCACCGCCAUCCCCGACAACGACUGGCACACCUGGACCCUCCAGUGGGACCGCACCUCCGGCAAUUGGCUCACCGAGACCAUCACCUGGAUGCGCGACGGCGCCGUCUUCCAGACGCUGACUGGCGCCGACAUUGGAGACGAGGGCGUCUGGGCCACGCUCGCCCACGCCCCCUUCUACGUCCUCAUGAAUGUCGCAGUCGGCGGUACUCUGCCAGGUAACCCCACCGACGCCACCCAAGACGGCUAUGGCAGCAUGAUGGAGGUCGGAUACGUCGCCGUCUACGAGACGGCAUAA